AUGACCACCACCGCCCUUCCGUACAUGAACCGGCAAAACGCCAUGGACAAUCGAUCGAAUGGGUCCCUGUCCAAUCGACGGGCAUCUCUCUCUUCAUUUCCCUCGUCACGAUCGCCAUCGCAAAUGUCGCAGAAUUCUCGUCAAGCUAGGUCGCCUCAGCUACCUAUCGCCGACACAGACCGCAUUUCCAAUCCGAGUUCCAAGUCCAAAACUCCAUCAUUGGCCCCUUCAUCUCAACACUCGUCCCUGUCAGCAUCUCGACGAUUGAACGCCGAUGCUCGGUCGUCUAGAAGACUCAGGUCGCAGUAUCCUCGGGGGGCAGCCGAUGAUCAUGUCGAGUAUAUCCUCGUGGCCUCGUUCGACAUUGACAGGGGCCCUGUCAUGGAACAUCAAUAUCCAGUCGCCAUUACCGGAGAUGAAAACAUGCUGGCGGAGCUAAUGCUUCCUGACCAGGCGCACGCUCGCAACCAAGACUGGACCAUAUUUUUCUUGCACAAAGAUACCAGCCAGGAAGAGGAGGAUGCCGAGAGACAGGUAAGAGAGCGAAGGAGACAAAUGCGCACAAGACGGCGGAACAGAGCGAACGGGGUCGUCUCCGGUGAUGAAGAGGAGAAACUUGACCCUGACGACCACGAUGAAGAUGACGAUGACGACGGCGAAUCCACCGACAGCGAACCCGAGGGCGGAGAAGGCCCGCCUCUGAUUUAUGUGCUCAAUCUUGUCAACACCAAACACGACAAGUCAGUGAAGCGUGGUGCCGUCGUCAAAGCCAUGGCCAUUUGCACAAGGCAUCCCUUUCUGCACAUUUACAAGUCCCCUGUUCCCGAGACGCUUUCCAUGCUUUACGAUGCCGUGAAUGCCAUGGAUUUGUCUCUUAUGCCCAGGCUCAGCAUCCUCGAAAGGCACCUCUUGUUGGCGAGUGAGAAUCGUGAUCUCUUUGUCGAGAAAUUUGAGCAAAUGAUCCAAAUACGAAUGGCCGAGGACAAAGUCGAUGGAUUGAUCGAAGGACAAUCAGAAGAUUCAACGAGUCCUGCCAAAUCAGCCGGGAUAUCUCGGGCCGGCACAAAAGCUCAUGUCGAGGGUGGAAGCCAAGCCCUGUACUCCGUCCCGAGGGAUACGCACGAGUUUGAGAGCAAAGUCAUGUACAAGGGAAUUCCGAUCCCGAUCAAGGUUCCCACAGCUGUCAUGCCUGAGACGGUCGGCGACUUCUCCUUGAUCAAGCUCAUUCAGAACUUUUCGGAACCGCACGCAAAGUCACCGCAGGCAUUCACCCUCCAUCCCCACCUGACAACCAACGGCGCCGGCACACAUCCCGUUAUCGUCCUGGUUAAUGCGUUGCUGACUCAAAAGCGAAUCAUCUUCCUGGGUCACAACAUGCCGUCCGGCGAGGUUGCGGAGGCUGUUCUGGCCGCCUGUGCUCUCGCGUCUGGUGGCCUGCUGCGAGGCUUCACCCGGCACGCUUUCCCAUACACGGACCUGACCAAGAUUGACGACCUGUUGAAUGUGCCUGGUUUUAUCGCCGGGGUCACCAACCCUACUUUUGAGAUGCAUCCCGAAUGGUGGGACAUACUCUGCGAUCUGCCCAGCGGUCGCAUCAAGAUCAGCAGCAAGAUCGAGCCGGCUGCCGCGACGGAGGGCCUGUUGUACUUUCAGCAGCAGAAUCCGACAUUGGCAACCAUGGCCAGCGGCAACUCAAAUAACAGCCAGGAUCUGACGGGCGACGGAGCUUUCAUGGUAGACAUCAUCAAGAGUAUUGCCGUGCGCCACGGAGAGAGAGUCAUUCGCGCCAAAUGGAGAGACUGGGUCACGAAAUUCACCCGCAUCGCGGCCCAGUUCGAAGAGAGCGUGUACGGAGCAAGCGCCUUGUAUAUCGGCAGCGAGGACCAGGACAUGACCCUCCCGGGCGCCAGCGGGCACGGCUACGUCUGGUCAGAUGACGCGGCGAAGAAUAAGGAACUCGCCGGGAACGUGACCAGGAUUGAGGGCUGGCGAAACACCCGCAGCUACUACAGCUACAUCCAGGACCUGGCGCAGGUGUAUACAGUCCGGCCGUUGAAGGGUCUGGACCUGGCGCACAUGCACGACCGUCUGCGGAUGCAGCGGCUAUCUCCCGGCCAGAGCAGGGACAUUUAUCUCACGCUCGCAAAGUACAUCCAUUCCUACGACGAGAUCUGCCUGCUGCUCAACGUAGCGCCCGAGUCACGCGCCGGCCUCUUCUACCUCGCCCUCGGGCUGUUCCACCAAGAUCGCGAGGUGCGUCUCAAGACGAGCGAACUCCUGAGCCGUGUUGCAGAGCAUGAGGCGGGCCAGCACUGGUGGAAGGGCCUCAGCCGCUUCGAGAAGUUGGCCUACGAGCGCAUCCGCAGGGAAGUCAACUUGGAAAUGCGCGCAAAGCUAGAGAAGGAAGGGCUCGGUCCCAACUACGACCGGGGAAUCAGCUAG